UGACAUUGUGUACAUAUAUGAUUACAAUUGUGUUAAAGUGUUGUAUUAUUGUUAUUUUUGAUUGUCAAAUGUAAAGACGCUCUACAAACUAUGUUUGAGGAAGCAUUUAAUUAAAUUCAAUAAAAAGUGUCAUGAAAUAACUGUAUUAACUAUGGCUCAAUCUGAAGACACAGAACUACGUGACUUAGUGGUCGAAGCAUUAGAGAAGAACGGAUCACUUGCCAAAAUUCGCGCUUUACUGAGAGCAAACAUCUUCUUAGUUUUUGAAGAUGAAUGUGAAAACAUUAAACAGAACGUUAGUUUAGACAGUAUAUUGAAAUUACCCGAAGGUAUCUUCUGUCUUUCCUUAAUUCAUGAAUUUCUUGAGUAUUGUAAUCUCAAAAACACGUUGUUUGUUUAUAUGUCAGAAUCACGUCAAGGAAAAGAGUAUACUUACGAGGGAACUAAAUUGUUGCUCGAAAAACUGAAGCUAAAACGUAACAAUAAUAAAGAACCAGUUUUAGUUACUCUCAUAAAAAAUGUUUUCCAACAGCAGACAAAAACUUUUGCACAUAAUGAGAGACAUGUUAAAAGAAGCGAAAACACUUUAAAAGAUGAGCAAAAUAACACAUAUAUUGUUCAUGAAGAUUCCACUACAAGUUUGAGCAAUUCCAACUCAGAUAAUUCUUCCGAUGAAAAAAAUAAGCUGCAUUUACGAUUACAGCUCGAUAAUUCCGAUACUGACACUUCGAGUGACUCCACGCGAGGAAAAACAAGUUCAGAAUAUAUUCCAAGUGAGCAUAUACUAACAAAUCAAAGUUCUCACAAUGUUACAUAUUCAAAUGUACAUGAUAAUGGCUCUAAUUUAAAAAAUCCUACCAUAAGUUUACAAGUUCCUGAAGCAAAUAAAAAUCUAAGCAAUAGUGAAUCAACAUCAUAUGCGGAAAUUAAACCUCCAAGUCCCUUAGACAAAAUUGUUUUUAACGCAACCGGAGUACCUUGUGCUGAAGAGAAAACUGAUGUGGAGACCACAAAACAUUCUACACAACAACUCGAUAUCCAAACACCUUCGUCGAAAAUUACGAAUCUAAGCAGUUAUAACAACAACAAAAAUGAAACAACAAAAUCAGAGAGUUCAAGCAAAGAUUUAACCGAGUAUAGCUUAGACUUCACAUCACCAGCUUCUGUAAAAAAGGAAUCCGUAAGUAAUGAUAAUAAAUCCUCUGAGUCAAUACCUGAUCAAUCACUUGACUACAGUCCAAAGAUACAAGAGAACUUUGAUCAAAAGUCCAUAACUACACCAGAUUCUAUUUCCACAUCUGAUGUGGCUGAUAUCUUUAGUGACAAAAGUAAUUCUUCUCAGCACAAAAACAUUGAUAAAAAUUCAACUUACAGUAAUAAAUCUAAAUCAAUAUCAAAUUAUUCAAAGAAAAGUUAUCAUGAUAGUAUUAAAUUCCUUGAUGAUGAUUUUGGUGAAUUUUCCGAGUCCCCAAUUCCAUCACUGUCUAAUCUUAGUCUGGACAUUCAUAGUGAUUAGCCAGAAAAUAAUAUUUAUGAGAUUUUUUUUUUUUGGUA